AUGGCAAUAUCAGUACAUUAUGUCAGCAAAUUAUGCCUGUUUUUUCAACAGUUUCUGCUUCCAGCAAUGAAAGGAAAACAGCCUAAUCUUGAAACAGUUGCUAGACGAGAACAAAUAAUGGCAGCAACAUUGAAUGAAGUGGAAAUUAUCUGGUUGAACAACAAACCAUAUCUGGCUGGAGACGAAAUCAGUAUUGCUGAUCUCCUUGGGGCAUGUGAGAUUGAACAAACUAGAAUGGCAGGCUACAAUCCCUGUGAUGGAUUUCCAAAACUCUCAGCUUGGUUAGAGCGAGUUCAUCGUGACACACUACCACAUUAUGACAAAGUUCAUGCAAUGGUAAGAAAGAUAACAGAGAAGUAUGGAGGUGUACCACAUCCUUCACUCACAAAGCUGUGAUACUGAACAACAAAUGCAGAUGUUGGAGAGGCUUGGUACAUGGAUUUAUAUUUAUCUUUACAUUGAACAGCCUUUCCUUUGUUGAGUGCUGUACAUAACAACGUACAAUUUAAAAUGUUAAAGCAUUAUAUGCAGA